AUGAUGUUGCGGCUCAACAAAUUGAUUCUCCUGACAAUAGUCUUCGCACUCAGCGAACAAGCUGCCGUUCCAAAGCCGCAUGCAAAAGAAGGGCAGAAGUUAGAAGCCGGAAUUGGGCUAACACCAAAACAGUUAGCAAGAAUUGAAAAGGAUGAAGCGGAGGUGAAGAAAUCCGUCUUGAAAUUUCUUCCAGAGGUGCCAAAAGAACUAGCGUUAGAAAUGUACCAAAUCCUUUCGGAUGCCGAUUCAUCUGUAUCUGAUAUGGAAGCCGUCUUAAGUAAAUUGGCACCAAUAAUUCUGAAAAGCAAAGACAAACCCAAAGUUGAGUACGUUCUGAAUAUGGUCAAAAUUAUGAUCGAGAAUCGGAUCAAAUUGGUCAGUGACAUCUUAUUAACUUAA